AUGAAGCCUAUGAUUUUGCAUGGUCAUGAGCGUUCCAUUACACAAAUUAAAUACAAUCGAGAAGGUGAUCUGCUGUUUUCGUCGUCGAAAGAUCAUACUCCAAAUGUGUGGUAUUCAUUGAACGGUGAGCGGUUAGGAACAUUUGAUGGCCACCAGGGAGCUAUUUGGUCCAUUGAUGUCAAUUGGGAUACGACAAGGUUUAUGUCCGGAGCGGCUGACCGCUGCCUAAGAUUGUGGGACUGUGCCACUGGAAAGGAAAUCGGUAAGAUAAAUACGGAUACAUCUGUGCGUACAUGUAUGUUCAGCUAUAGUGCCAAUAUGGCAGUAUAUUCUACUGAUACCCAGCUGGGACAUCGCUGCGAAAUGGUAAUCAUUGAUGUAAGAAAUGCUGAUGACUCCAUUGAAAAUGCUCCUCCUAUUAUGAAGAUCCCUGUAAGUGACAGCAAAAUAACUUCUCUAUUAUGGGGACCUCUUGAUGAAACGGUUGUUACUGGCCAUGAUAAAGGUGAGAUCAAUCAGUGGGAUAUUAGAGUUGGCAAGAAAUUAAAUACUGUCACUGACCAUAAAUAUGCAAUUGCUGAUAUGCAACUGAAUAAGGAUGGUACCAUGUUUAUAACUGCGUCCAAAGAUAAUACAGCCAAACUUUUUGACAUUGAAACUCUUGCAUUGUUAAAAUGCUACAAAACUGAACGACCUGUGAAUAGUGCAGCCAUUUCUCCAAUUUAUGAUCAUGUAGUACUAGGAGGUGGCCAGGAAGCUAUGGACGUGACAACUACAUCUACAAGAGUGGGAAAAUUUGACUCUCGCUUCUUUCAUUUAAUAUUUGAGGAAGAAUUUGGUCGUGUUAAAGGGCAUUUUGGGCCAAUUAACAGUGUAGCUUUUCAUCCUGAUGGCAAGAGCUACAGCAGUGGUGGUGAGGACGGAUAUGUUCGUGUGCAUAACUUUGAUCCAGCAUAUUUUGAUUUUAAUUUUGAUUGUCAGUAA